AACUGCCUUUUGUGUCAGUUCGUUUCAGAUGUCUUAAACGAAAAGCCAAUCAAAAAUUGCAAAAAAAUAAAUAAACAGUUUGGCUUACCGACACAAAGACUGGAAAUUACCGCGUCCUGGCCCAAACCUUCUAAAAUUUAACCCGAAUCAGUUCCAUAGGCCAUUGGCAACCUGAGUGCCUAACAUGUUUCCUGACGACUUCGACGUUGAACCCUUCAAUCCAUUCAAUGUGGGACCGCCCAACAGUGGCGCCCGAUCAGAAUUCAAAAUACCCACUUGCGUUACGUAUCCGCCACCGGUUUUCGUAGCCAAGUCCGAAUACUUGCAGCCAUCCAAGGAUUCGCUUGCCCGGAAGAGCAAUCAAAGUAUAGGACAGUCCAGGUCCGGUGAAGUGGACAUUUCCAAGGCCAUCAAUGAAGAGAUGGCGGUGGCCAAGAAGCAGGCCGCGGCACUCAAUGAAAAGGACCGCAUUGAUGCGGGCGGUGUCUCAAAGACGAAGCUCUCCAGGGACUCCCAGUCAAAGGAAGCGCUUUCAAAGGACUCUCUGCGCACCCUGAUGCCAGUGAGGUCGCCAACUGACCAACAGUUCAGUGGUGAGGGUAGAACCAAUUCCAAAUUAUCCAUAUCAGAAUCCAGUGCGGCCUCCAAGACCAGCUGCACAUAUAAGCAAAGUCAGGCUUACAUGGCCUCAAAGUCUUCGAACAUAACACUAAAACGAUCUGCAAUUGCCAACAGUAUUUCCUCAAAUACCACCCUCACUCCCAAGUCAGUUCUGAAGUCAGCGAAUUACACAGAAGCAGCCAAAGUUUCCGCUACCUCAAUGAAAUCAAAAGUGUCAAACAAACCAUCUGAAACCGGAACUCAGCGCUCCCUAAACUUAAAACCUGCUAGCUCAGAGUCUAAACAAUCUCUAGAAUCUGUACAGCCAAAGCAAUCCGAUUUCAAAAUGCAAGAAUCUGAGAAGAGAAUUUUGCAAGACUCGCAGAAGAAAACUUUGCAAGAAUCGCAGAAGAAAACUUUGCAAGACUUGCAGAAGAGAACUUCGCCAGAACAACUCCCCUCUGAUAUUGUCACCAAAAAAGCGCAGCAGGACUCUUGGAACGAUCGUGCCCAUUCAAGGACCAACAAGUCAAGUGUUCUGCCUGAAUCCAAGGAUGGUCCCAGCUACAUUCGGUCGGAAGCAGCUCUAUCCUACAGACAGUCCUUGAACCAGCAGGCUGCCGAAAUGGCGGAUCGCUUGAACGCCGGAAAUGAAAACUUCAGGCGCUACAAUUCCGUGGCUCGGAAUCAUUCGAUCAAAGUACCUCAACGACUUUGUGAUGGGGAUCGUAUGACUUUCUGGUUCAGCGAUGCUGUUCUCUCCUAGAAACACAUUUCCCUGCCAAACAAAUCCUUAGUUCACAUUUACUGAGAAUUACUAUCCAUUGAACAUAGAAAUUUAAACGAAAAUUAAAAGUUUUUACAAUAUCCCAA